GUAAGAAUAACAGUUGCUCUCUGUUUAGAAAACAACACAGACCACAAUGUACAAGCUGGUGGUGUUGUCCUGCGUGCUGGCCCUGGCGGCCGCCAAACCCAGUGGUCUCGGCCCGCUCGGUCUCGGAUUCGGUCAUCUCGGUUUGGGCCUGGGAGCUCCUUGGGGACUGGGCGCUCACUUGGCUGGCCCCGUGGUGGCGCCCGUUGCUGCGCCUGUGUUAGCUGCGCCUGUUGCUCACGCUCCCGCCGUCGGUGUCGCCGGUCCUGCAGUGGUUGCCGCGCCUCUUGGUGGUGCUGCCCACAACUACAGAGGACCCGUAUCGCUAGCACCUGGCCAGCCCGCCAGCAUUUUGGCUCAAGAUGGCAGGCCUCUUGAUACCCUGAGUGUGAACGCCGACCGCGCCGUACACUACACCGCCAGGGCUGUCGACCACGCUAAUGCAGCGCACGGUCACCUAUUAGGCAAGCGUUCAGCUCCGUUCCUUGGCGCGGCGUGGUCGCAUGCGGCCCGCAUCGACGUGCCCGCCCUAGCACCUGCGCACCUUGCCGUUCCCGCAGCUGCACACCUCGGCUGGCGUGCACCAGUCGCUCCUCUGGCUCUGGGUCAUUUGGGCCAUGCCGGAGCGUGGGGACAUCAUUGGUGAAAUACUGUGUAAAAAGUUUAGUAUAUUCGACAAUAUAUCUGCCUAUAGUUUAUAAAGAGAGUUACCCGGAAAAA